GGGAUUCCUCCAAAGAAGGAAACAGCAACCGCUGCUGACAACACUACUGGCUAAGAUGCCCAAAAAAGGGCAAUUAAUUAUAGCCCAUGGAGUCAACUUCAUCUUUUCUUUCGAAUAUUCGUAAGCCUCCUCCUGAUGCAUCAAUUUGGUACAUGUUCAAUAUAAUCCACUCAAUCGAAACAGAGAACAACUCAAGUUGACCUACGUUCAGCAUAGACAAGAGGAAUGAAACACAUCAUUCAAGUUCCUCUGCUUUUGAUUUUAGUUUCAUGGACUAAUUCCGAAUCAAUCCAUGAAGAGUUCAUGCAAUGCAUGUUAACAGAGUCUACAGCCUUCACCAAAAGCGUCCAAAUCAUUUUCACUCCAGAUUCCUCAUUAUAUUCAUCUGUCCUGAAAUCUAACCAGCAAAAUCCCGAGAUUUUUAAACUCGUCAACACUGAAACCCCUUAUGAUCAUCACACCUUUCCAUGAGUCUGAAAUCCAAGCAGCUGUUGUUUGUAGCAGAAACCAUGGCCUGCAGAUCAGGGUUCGAAGCGGAGGCCAUGACUACGAAGGCCUCUCUUACAAUUGCCAAACCCCAUUUAUCAUAAUCGACCUCAUCAAUCUGAGAUCAAUAGAGAUCAAUAUAAACGAUGAAACAGCUUGGGUUCAGUCAGGGGCAACACUUGGUGAACUUUACUAUGCGAUAGGUACGAAAAGCAGUAUUCAUGCGUUCCCUGCUGGGAUAUGCCCGACGGUAGGUGUUGGUGGACACUUUAGUGGAGGUGGGUUCGGCACCUUGUUGAGGAAAUAUGGGCUUGCAGCAGAUAAUGUACUGGACGCUUCCUUGAUUGAUGUCAAUGGAAGAAUUCUGGACAGAAAAGCAAUGGGUGAGGAUCUGUUUUGGGCCAUCAGGGGAGGAGGUGGGGCAAGCUUUGGCAUCAUACUUUCCUGGAAAAUCAAGCUGGUUAGAGUACCAGAAAUCAUCACAGCUUUCACCGUUUCAAGAACCCUAGAACAGGGUGCCACGGAGCUCGUUCAUAAAUGGCAAUAUAUUGCAGAUAAAUUGGAUGGAGAUCUCUUCAUCAGAAUCAUCAUUCAGAACGCGGAUGGAAGUAAUAAAACCAUCAAAGCUUCUUUCAACUCACUGUUUCUUGGAGGAAUCGACAGACUGAUGCCACCGAUGAAUCAAAGCUUCCCUGAACUGGGAUUCAAGGCUGAGGACUGCUUUCAAAUGAGUUGGAUUGAAUCCGCAGUCUAUUUUGCCGGUUUCCAAAAGGGGCAGCCUCCAGAGGUUUUGCUAGGCAAGACCGAACUAUACAAGAGCUACUUCAAGGCAAAAUCUGACUUUGUCAUUGAACCAAUAUCUGAAGAAGGACUUGAAGGAAUAUGGGAAAGAUUUUUGGAAGAAGAGAUGGUUUUCAUGAUAAUGGAUCCUUAUGGAGGAAAAAUGAAUGAGAUUGCAGAAAAUGAGGUACCAUUUCCCCAUAGAAAAGGCAAUCUGUACGAUGUACAAUACUUGGUGAAAUGGGAAGUGGAUGGGGUAAAGGAUACUAACAGACAUGUGCACUGGAUCAGGGUGCUAUACAAAUACAUGAGGCCUCGUGUUUCAAGAUCUCCAGGGGCUGCUUACCUUAACUAGAGGGAUCUCGAUUUGGGGACCAACAAAUUGGGCAGCACAAACUACUCGGAGGUAAGCGCAUGGGGCAUGAAGUACUUCAAAGGUAAUUUCAGAAGAUUGGCACAGGUGAAGAGCUUGAUUGAUCCAGAAAAUUUCUUCAGAAACGAACAGAGCAUUCCACCUCUUCCAGGAACAAAGGAAACACCAGAGAAAUAGACAGUGUUUCCGAAACCUCUUGUAUUCUCCUUGCAUAAUUAGAGGCUGACAAGAAAAAGCAGUUCUCUCG